AUGGUCCCUCCUGGGAUGGGUGGUCCUCACAAGCGUUCUAUUUGGAAGGGGAAGGAACCCCUCGCAAGCGGAUCCUACGCUGUUGUUCAUCCUGGCCGGUGGGGAUUAUCCAGGGUUGCAAUAAAAUGUUUCAAGGACAAAGAACAGUUGGGGAUAGAUAACAUCAGAGAGCGAAUCAAUAGCGAAAUCACGGUUUGGGCCACUCUUCAGCACGAGAAUAUCGUCCCACUUUAUGCUACUGUUUUGGAUAGCAACGGUCUCCUAGCCUUAGUCACCCCCCUACACAAGAAUGGGAACUUGGAAAGUUUUCUCGGGAAGGAAGCAAGUAGAGGCAUUAACCGUUGGCAGUUGCUCAUCGAUGUAGCUCAUGGAUUGGCUUACCUCCACGAUUCGAAGAAAUAUCACGGCGAUAUUACACUCAACAACAUCCUGGUAACAGAUGAAGGACGCGCUGUACUUACCGACUUCGGUCUUUCUCGUAUGUGUGAGCAGACUGGCUAUAGUACUUUGGAUGGAGGACGUGGCUGCCCUCAAUACAGGGCUUAUGAGAGUUUCGUCGGAGAACUUAGUGGGGACCCCGAGGCAAGAGCUUGUCGUGAUGUCUGGGCUUUCGCUAUUGUGGUUGUUGAGGUGAUCACUGGGAUCAAGCCGUACGACGGGUGUUCGGAGGUCGUAGACAUCUGGUCGUACCUUAGUAUAGGGAAACGCCCUUACGGACCUGCGCAACUUAAUGGACUUCCACGUCCUAUCCCCGAGAUGCUUUGGCGUAGUUGGGACAUGGAUCCCUCGAAGCGGCCGAAAAUCACAGAAGUCGUGCUCUGUCUCGCAGGAGCGGCAUCCAACGUUGGCUCCCGUGUAACCCCCGGCCUGCAACCUGGACUUUAA